CGGGCGCCGCCGCUGAUUGGCUCCCGGACGUUUUAAGAAACCCAGGGAAGAACGCUGUAACCUUGCAGAAACUUGCCGCUGCUGCUGCUGCUGGGCUCUAUCCUCUGCGCUCCGGCUUCUCCCCUCGCCGCCUUUGCCCACCCACCCAUCUCCUCUCUCCGCAGCCACGGCGAUGGGACAGCUGAGCCUGGCGAGGCUGCGGUGCAUCUGCGUGGUGUCCACCGCCCUGGUCUCUCUGCUCGCCUACUACGUGUACAUCCCCCUGCCCGCCAACAUCUCCGAUCCCUGGAAGCUGAUGCUGCUGGAUGCCACCUUCAGGAGCGCGCAGCAGCUGAGUCAUCUGAUCCAGUACGUGGGCCUCAGCCAUCACCUCAUCGCCCUGAACUUCAUCAUCGUUUCUUUCGGCAGGAAAAGUGCAUGGUCAUCUCCGAAUGUUCAGAUCACUGACACCGAGUUUGAUGGGGUUGAAGUUAGAGUUUUUGAAGGUUUCCCGAAGGCCAAAGAACCAUUGAAGAGUGGAGUUAUUUACAUCCAUGGAGGAGGAUGGGCCCUGGCAAGUGCAAGAAUUAGUUAUUACGAUGAACUCUGUUCGACAAUGGCAGAGGAACUGAACGCUGUCAUUGUCUCAGUAGAAUACAGACUGGUCCCACGGGUUCAUUUUCCUGAGCAACUCUAUGAUCUAGAACGUGCUGCCAAGUACUUCCUGCAGCCUCAGGUCCUAGAGAGGUAUUCUGUCGACCCAGCGAGAAUAGCCAUUUCUGGAGACAGUGCCGGCGGAAAUUUGGCUGCAGCUCUGGGUCAGCAGUUUAGCAAAGAUGACACCUUCAGGAAUAAAAUCAAGCUCCAAGCUUUGGUCUACCCAGUCCUCCAAGCUCUUGACUUCAACACCCCAUCCUACCAGCAGAAUGUGAACUCCCCAAUCCUGCCCCGUCUCGUCAUGGUCAGAUACUGGAUCGACUAUUUAAGAGGGAACCAGGAUUUUGUCCAGGCCAUGGUGGUCAACAACCAUACCGCCUUGGAUGUGGAGCAGGCCACCGCUCUCAGGGCCCGGCUCAACUGGCUUUCCCUCUUGCCCGCAUCCAUCACCAAGGAUUACAAACCUGUCGUGCAGACGGUGGGCAAUGCUCAGAUUGUCCAAGAGCUCCCCCAGCUCCUGGAUGCGCGUUCAGCCCCGCUGAUCGCUGACCAGGAGGUUCUUCAGAACCUGCCAAAGACCUAUAUCUUGACCUGUGAACAUGAUGUCCUCAGGGAUGAUGGUAUUAUGUAUGUCAAGCGCUUGGAGAAUGCUGGUGUGGAUGUGACGCAUGACCACUUUGAGGAUGCCUUCCACGGCUGCAUGAUUUUCACUUCCUGGCCCACCAAUUUCUCAGUGGGAGUUCGGACUAGGGACAGCUAUAUCAAAUGGCUGAAGCAAAACCUAUGAAGAGAGAUGCAUCCCAGAGAGGGCACCAACUGCCAUCACUCGGGAUCAGUAAGCACUUUCUGACUUCUCCCGGGUGAUCACCAGGCCGUGGUGCUUCUUGCCCGGGAGAAGUCAAGUGAUGAAUUUUGAUGAGCUUGACUAAUCUCUAUCAGUAGAGAAGAUAUGAAUCUGUUUCCCAAACUGGACUAACCAGCCUUCUGUUCCACCCAGAUGGCUGCCAAGGUCCCAAACUACCAAAGGAUUCUGGGAAAGCAUAAUCUUCCUCUGGAAGUGGCUCUUUAUACCAGAAGACCUUUUAUGAAGGAAAACUUGACAGUCUCCUCUAAUGAAUUUUAUGUAAAUCUGGUUCCCUUUUGCAAAUAACUUAUUUAUAAAUCAGUUGACUACUUAAAGGUCUAAAAUACACCCUUCCAUCUCACUCCUACUCAUUAAAUGCCUUUGUUCCUCUUUUGCACAGAUGGUCUUUCUGGUAGGGACACAGGCUUCAUUCCUCCCAAGCUUGGAUAAUCCACUAAUCCUUUGGGAUUAUACUCUUUCUUUAAAGUUGACUUUUAACCACAGUUAUUAGAGAAAACAUUAUUAAUGUGUUAGUAUGGUUUACACUGGAUUUUGUACAUAGUUAAGAGUUUUUGUUUUCAUGUGACAUUAGAGUACAUGCAAUCUC